GAGCCUGGACGAGCGAGGCCCAGGCCAAGAAACACGUCCUAAACUGCCACCAAAUGAAGCCUGCUCUCAUUAACGUCCUUCGUGAAAUAGAGGAGAAAACCGCCCUCAGCAUUCGAAACUCCCAAGAGGAAGAGCCUGUGGACCUACAGCUGAUGCACUUGGACACCAUGCUUCUGGCAGAGGGUGUGGCUGACCCCGAGAAAGGGGAUGGCUCAGGGUCAGCAGCUGCCACCACUGCAGCCUCCUGGGGAGGUGUGUCCCCUAACAACCCCAUCGAACACUUGGAAUAUCACAGCAAACUUGCCCAGGUCCGCCACAUGUACCACUCGGAGCUGGAGAAGUAUGAGAAGGCACGAAGCAAGUUCACAGCCCACGUCGUGAAACUGCUGAGGGAGCAAAGCCACACGCAGUUCGUAGCACCCAAGGAGACGGAGCACAUGGUGAGCGUCAUCCGCCGGAAGUUCAGCGCCAUCCAGAGGCAACUCAAGCAGAGCCCCUGCAAGGCGGCCAUGAUCCUGCUCCGGUUCCUGGAUACCAGACGAAAAAACCGUAACUUCAGCAAACAGGCCACUGAGGUCCCGAAUGAGUAUUUCUACUCCCACCUGAGUAACUCAUAUCCUAGUGACGAGGCUAAGGAGGAGCUUGCCAAGAAGUGCGGAAUCACUGCCUCUCAGGUCCCCAACUGGUUUGGCAACAAGCAGAUGCGCUAUAAGAAAAAUACUGGAAAGUUCCAAGAGGAGGCAAACAUCUAGGCCAUCAAGACCGCUGUUGCGGCGAGCGGGGGCCACUCUUUCUGGAAGCUGGGAAGUCCAAGAUCGAGGCACCAGCAUGGUCACACUCUGGUGAAGGCCCCCUUCCUUGUCCUUCGUCAGCACCGUUAUGCAGUGUCUUUACAUGGUGGAAGCACGUCCAGCAUCAUUACCGGAACUCUGUAUGGGUCCUAUGGUGUUAUUCAAGGUUUAAGGUAUUUCGCUGAACACGAUGGAAAUUACGCGAGAACCGCGAGCGAUCACAUUCCCGCGAUACGAGAUUUACCGGAGAGACGCACUUGCUCAGGUGGGGAUGAUUGGCGUCUCUGGCGUUUGAAGCCGAGGCUUACAGCAGUCGAGCUCCACACCGUAGCGACAGGAGGUGGCUAUGAAAUUAUCACAGGACUACGCACAGUCAGCCCUCAGGAUCCGUGGUUUUGCAUCCAUGGAUUCAAACAAGCAGGAAUCCUGUAUGAUGUUUAUGAUCCUCGGUUGGUUGAAUCUGCAGAAUGCAGAGCCCUCAGCUGA